AUGGACGAAGAGGACAUGCCACCCCUCCCUGAGGAUCUCUCAACUCUGCCGAUUCUCCACUCUGGCCAGGCUGUCGCGGGGAUGGUUGUGACAUGGAAACAGUGGCUUCUUUCCAGAGCCACCAACUGGCAGCCUCAGAUAUCCUCCCUCGCUGGUGUCAUCGUAAGCGUCCUCGAUGACAACGCCUUGGAAGUUCGUCUUGCGAAGCGCGACCGGAGCCUUGAUCACAACGAGAAGGUCUAUGAUGAUGACGGGAACCGUGUGUAUGACAAAUUCGAACUGCCUGGCAUGGACGAUGAGCAUGACGUUGCCGCUGAACAAGGGUACCGGACCUUGGAUUUUGCCGAUAUGAUUGAGCCACGCAUCCUCUCGCCUACGCCCGAAGUGGCCAGGACCACGUCUCCCGUCAACCAGCUGUCGAACGCCGAGCAAAAUCCUGUGCCUCGUGAUGCAAUCCGGGCCGCAGAACUCAAAUCCCCCGAUGAUAGAGUAUCUGUAACUCCCGAAGUAGUGCAAGUGGAAAGGAACGGGGUCAAUGCUGCACAGGCAGGGAUCAGCGCCCCAUAUGAUGGUGGUCAGAGUAUGGUAUCCGAGACUUCAGUUCUCCCGGCACCUAUCGUCACCUCCAUCCCAGAGGACCGCCGGCACGAAAUCAGCCUCAUGAUUGGCGAUGCUGGUUUUCGGAAGGAUGUCGACCCCACUGUCACUCACAUCACGGAUAAUGCAGGCUUGGAUCUGAAUAGCCCCUCACAGCAGCUGGAAGAAAUGGCCCACGACUCAACUUUCCUCGCGUCCGAGAUCUCGCGAGCACAGGGCCGCACCAGUCCUCAACUCCCGUCACAACUAACAUCCAACAAUUCCGACUCCCAGCCAAUCCGACUUCAACCGUUCUAUGGAUUCUCGGAUCCCACCCAAGAGCCCCCCGACGAAAGGCAGGUGGCGUACCCGACAUUAAAUAUCCCCCCUUCUGAGACAGGCAGCCUUCACAGCGGGAGGCAAGUAGAUCCCGACUUCAGUAUCGACUUGGGCCACGAUUCAUUACAUGAUCUUGACGGCCCAGCCACAAUGUCCCGUUCAACGAUAGGCCGCACAGAUGACGAGCAGAACAUACUGAGGGGAGAAGCAGAACAUGACGGCGGAAGUACUUCAGAAGCGGACCUAUCUGACUCCUCCAUCCCAUCCCUGAGCGACAUGUGGACAUCCGCCUCAACCAUCGGGUCCAAAAUUUCCAACAAACACGCCGGAAAGUUUACACUGAAACCCAAUGUUGCGCCAAACUCUGGCCCGGAGCCCGAGGUUGAAGAGGACUACGCGGAGGACAGCAUUGAUGAGACUUACGAGGAGAUCAGCAUGCCCACCGGCUCAGGCUGGGUUAGGAAGCCGCGGGCUCGCCGUGGAUUAGGGGUUGGCUGGUCUCCCGGGUUGAACCUCACAGAUACCUGA